GGCACUCACGAUGUAACUUUGGCGUUUGAAUUGUCACAAUUUUUGCUUUGCACGCACACCAAGGAAUAUUUCUGGUUUUUUUGAAGUUUUUUUUGACUUUCAUAGGUUGCAGAACUCGAUUCAUUUACAGGACAUUAUGCUUUAAUCAUUACGGUUUUGUGGAGCGUGUGAUAUGGAAUAUUAAUAACCUUGAAUUUAUGUGAAAUGACAUGUCAAAGAUGGGCAACGUACAACUCGCUGUAGCUAUCCUCUGCGUCAUUGCUAUCUUAAUAAUAGCUUUUUUUGUUUUUUUCCACUCCCUUGAUUUCAUUGGAUGGAUACAGGCCUGGAUACAAUCUAACAAAGAAGAGAAAGCUUCUUUGACACGAUUGAAAGGGCACUACAACGCAAAUGGAUAUUUGGUUCAUUCUGACUCGGAUAUCCAACUAAAUUGCAGCACAGGCAGUUUCAAGAGAUUUGAUUCAGUAGACAGAGAUUUUAGGAUUAGUCUCGCCACCACUAGCCUUACGGAUGAGUGGAACUCCCCUCCCGUUGACAGUUCCGUUCCUCCGCACCUUAGGCCUGCACCAGUGCCUACCUAUGAUUCGUUGAAUGCAUCUACGGGGGCUGAAGACCAAGUCGCGAAAAUUAAACAUACAGGAACUGAUGAAACCAGCUACAUUGAAAAAACUUCCAUCUGUCCCAUACCCCGCCCCGUAUCCUCAGUAAACAUGGCUAGCUUAAUAUCACAAUCCGCAUUUCCCAUCUGCCUAACUCCCCCACCUAGUCCCUCUAUGUUCCAGUUCCGUCAAUGUAGUCCCUCGAUGCCUGAUCUUCCUGAAAGCAACUUGCUACCCACACAAAUACCUCCUUCCAGUUCCUAUUCAGCACAAUUCGUACCUACGAGUCCUUCGAUAUCACAGUUUCCCCAACCUAGCCCCUCGAUGUCUCAGUUUCCACCAACGGAAGUGAAUAACACGCAGUAUUCGAGCACACAACCUUUGAAGCUGUCAGGUGUAUAUAUCCAACAAGGACAGCACAUAGGUUCUCUUGAUUUGCCACCAAUUCCAGUGGCAUGCGAGGAAACAGAAGUGGUGCCUGUGGCUCUAAAAAGAGCUAUAUCGUGUGAUAGCGUGUGUUCUGACACCUCAGUCGGACUGGGUGAUUUAGAAAUGUUAAACAUUACUGGGUAUUUAUGUAUAGGCCUAGAAUACGACAGCGAAUGUUGGGAUUUAGUUGUUAAUGUUCUUGAAGCAAAAGAGUUGCGUGGCAUUGUAAAAAAAGAUGACAAUCUAGACACGUAUGUCAGAGUGACGCUGCUACCAGACAAAGAAGCAACCAUACAGACCAAAGUAUAUCGUAGUUCAGGAAGUCCUAGCUACAAAGAGAGGUUCCUGUUUUCUAUGAAUCCAAGGGAACAAUCACAAAGGAUACUGUCCUUUCACGUAUAUUCAACAGACUUUUUAUCGCAUACUUUAGUAGGAGAUGGGGAGAUUCGAUUGUCUGAUGUGAGUUUAAGACAACCCGUAACGACGUGGGUGACACUAACGGAUACGGGACAGAAAGGAACCGAGUGUGGAGAAUUAAUGUUUUCCUUAAGUUACCUUCCGACAGCUGAGAGAUUAACUGUAGUAGUAGUCAAAGCAAGGAACUUGAAAUUUUCUUGUGAUACUCAAGGAGAAGCAUUUGUUAAGGUGUACUUAAUGCAACAAAAUAAGAAAAUUAAUAAGAAAAAGACUUCAGUGAAAAAAGGAGAAAAAUGCCCAAUAUUCAAUGAAGCUAUGAUGUUUAGUGUGCCUGCACAUACUUUAUCGACAAUCCAAUUACGUCUUACAGUAGCAGAAACUACCCUGGACGAAUCUUCAAAGGCAAUAUCAAUAGGGCACGUCAUCGUGGGUGCUCAAGCAAUCGGUAGAUCGCUGAGUCACUGGAACCAAAUGUUGACUGCGUUAAGAAAGCCUGUUGCCAUGUGGCACUCACUCAGAAAGCAUCAAUCUGACGACCAUGCCAAGCCAGAUACAUAAUUUAAAGCUAUAUAGUAAAACUCUGAGUAUAACUGUAUUUUUAACCUUGAAAAAGCUUUCAAUUCGAAGGAAUAAACUGUAAAUGAAAUUUUUGUGAAGUCUGAAAUCUGAACAAUAUUUUUUUAAAUCCUGUUAGUAAAUAUAGUAGUAACUAGUCCCUACUUCUGUAAAUAGCUAAAUGUACAAAUAUAUACAGGGUGUCCGGAAAAAAACGAAACAGAUGCAUUAUCAGGAACUGCAUACAACCUUUUUGAAAAUCCCAGCAAUAGGCCAAAUUGUGAUUAGGGUGACACAUUUUUCCGGUUUCUCGACAAUUUUACUUUUACCCCAAAGGGAGGAUUAGAAUCACCAACACAUUUUUUAAUGGCAAUGGGAGGUCAAAUCAUUUGAAUGCCCUUGCAAUUCCCUAUACAUUAGUCCUUAAAUUUUUAAAUUCGGUUCAAUACUUUAUUUGAUAUAUUACAAAGAAAGUUAAUUUUCAAAUUAAUACUUUUAGCUGGUUACUUAUUUUUUAGUAGACCAAAUGGUAAAACCCAUGUUGUCCAUAUUCUGAUGUAUUUGAGGAGUGAUUCGUAGGCAGUCAUUGACAAUUAUUAUUCGUUGGUAUAAAUCUUCAAAUCAACGUACGGAUGGUGUUUUAUAGAUUUUACGUUUUAAGUGUCCCCACAAAAAAUCCAGGAGAGACAAAUCUGGCGACAGAGGAGGUCAUUCGAUGCUACCUCUCUGCCCAAUCCAAUGCUAUGGAGAAUUUUGGCCUAAAUAUUAUUGAACAGUUAAUUCAUAAUUUUUGAAAAAUCAAAUUAUCUUUAUCAAAUUAUCAAGCGCAUUAAGUGCAUUAACAUGAAAUCUAGGUCAACCUGUCAUAAUACUGCAACUUCACUAAGUUCAAUUAUUACAGGCCCUCCAGUUUCUUUCAGUGUUUUUAUUACAUUUAUUCUCAGCUCCUGAAAUUGUUUUAUUUACUUCAAAACAUACUUCCUAUUGUCAUAUUUAUCUUGACGUUGUUCAUUAAAUCGUUGAGGUGUCAUAUUGACAUAUCUACUGUUUAUAAAAUACAAAGACCCUUCAUCUACCUAUUCCGAAAUAUAUAUAAGUACCAUGGUAAUAAAUUUUCAAAGACUUCAAAUUAUUACACAACUAAUAUUCACAAAAUACGGAAGAACCUGGGCAAAGAAAGAAAUUAAAAUAUAAACCAUUUGCAGUCUAAAUCAACUCAAUGGCGUCGACUUUGCUAAGUAACAAGACAUUUACUCAACACACACACUACACAUUACACUAGGUACCUAACUGGAAAAAGUCCACUGUACAAUGCCAAUGGCCAUUAGUUGUCGAGGCAUUAAGCUAAAUAAACAGAUAUCCACUAAUUAAACAGGUAAAUACAGUUUAAAGUUUAAUCAAAGAAAUAAAAUAAACUAUUGGACCGAAUUUAAAAAUUUAAGGAUUUUAGAAGGCUUUAAAAUGAUGUCUUAUCUGACCGCCAUUGCCAUUAAAAAUGUUGUGGUUAUUUUUACCAUGACUGGGGUGAAAGUAAAAUAACCGAAUAUACCGGAAACUGUGUCCCCCUUUAAUUAAAAAUUGACCUGUCUCUGGGUUUUCCAAAAAUGUUGUAGUACUUACCUAAUAGUGCCUCUGUUUCUUUUUAGUCCGGCCACCCUAUAGGUAUAUAACAAGUUCACAAAUUUACCUUAUAUGAGAAGAAUAUCAAUCGGUUGAAUUUGGAGACAAAUGAAAUUAAAGAUAGAGAUAAAUCAUAUUGCUACCCCAUCUCUUGAUAGGGAAAUGCUUCUUAUAUGGAUCCAUACGCAUCGCAAGUUUCUUUAUCCAUACAUUUAAAAAGUAUAUGACACAGAAAUAGAGAAAUAACAAUGGUAUUGGAACUUGAUGAUUCUGAAACCAGAAUAAAUCUACUUAAAUACGUAAUGGAAUAAUAAAAAAAGUCUUUCUCUGUGAGAAAAAUUAACCACGUGUGUCUAACAGUGACGGUAAUAAUUAACGUCUCUCUUAUUGAUUAUUAUAAUAUAAUCAAUUAUUGAUUUUCUGUAAAAUAAAUAUUUAAUUAAAGACUAAAAGGAUGGAUUUAUAUAUAAUUAAAAUAAAUGUCUAGGUUUGAAUUUAAUUUUAGGAUAUUCCUUUACUCCUUUAUAACUACUGACAUGGAUGUUUCAGAACCUUGACUCUGACAUGCGGUAUGGAAUACCGUUGCCUAUUCUUCUUUGUUAUUAAUAGAGAUUUGUCUUAUAUCACUGUAUGUAUUUGUUUUUUACAUCAACUACGGAAUGAUUCUACA